AUGGCACAGUCUGUUAACAUCACAGAGCUGAACUGGCCACAACUAGAAAUGCUUAAGAACCAGCUGGACCAGAUGUGUGUCCCUGGGAAACUACAUGGUGUGGAAUAUGUGCUUAUUGAUGUGGAAACUGGCUACAAUAUAGAGAAGACAGCUGAGGAUGCGAAGGAUUUCUUUAAGGGGAAGACAGACUUUCUCAGCAAGCCGCUGGAGAAAAUCCAGUCUGCCGUACUAGAAAGCCAUGCCACGAAACAGGCUAUCAUGGAGAUGAUGCGCCAGAAGAUUCAGCAGCUCACGGCUCUGGGUGCAUCUCAGGCUACUUGCUAA